UUAUGUUAUUCGUGCAGCUAUUUUGUGAGGCAACAUGUCGGACAGAACGUUCAUGUAGUUUUAAUUUCAUUUAAACACGAUUUCUUUAAGAUAAGUGUGUUGUGGAUGUGCCCAUAGCUGCCAAACAGCAAUGAUGCAGCAACAAAUGUGCCAGCCGGACCAAAUGGGCCAACCGCAACAACAACAGCAGGUGAUGCUGUGCCCCGUCAGACUCAUCUACGAGACACAGAUCCUUGUCCAACCAGGCGAACAGAUCCAACCAAAUCAAACACUCUUCAUAAAUCCACAAAAUCCACCGCCAUGGAUCCAGAACCAGGUCCGGCCUCAAAACCAGGUCAUAUAUAUGCAGCAGAUGCCAGGCAAUAUGAUGCCUUCCGUCCCACAGCACAUGGACCAGAAUCAGAUGUACCUACAGAAUCUACAAGGAUACUACCCACAGCAAAUGAUACAAAUGGACCCAAGGCAAAUGCAAAAUGUAGUCCAGAUGAUGCCAAAUAUAGGACAAAUAACAGGACAAAACGUAAAUCUAGGUCAAAAUGUUAUAAACGUAGGCCAAAACGUUAGUAAUAUGCCUCCAAAUGUACUAAAUACAGGUCAGAAUGUAAUGACAAUGAGUAAUGUUGUACAAAAUGUACAGAAACCAGCUAAUUCCGGUGUUAACAUUGCUCAAAACCAAAAUAAUAUGCCCAGUAUAGUUAGCAAUGAUAGGGUUUACAAUAGUAGUAUGCCGAAUACAAUGCCUAUGGCAAACCAGAAUACAAUGACGAAUGCUACCCAAAUACAAGAUCGGACGGGUAAUAUGAAUCAGAAUUUAGUAAAUAUGCAGAAAGUCGCAGAACUACAAGGGAUGAGACAGCAGAAUUUAAGGCAACCACAAGUCACGGUGUCUCCAAUGCAAAAUGUAAAGUAUGCUCCAAAUCCCGUUGAUAUUAGACCAGUAGCUCCGCAAAAUGUUGGUGAUAUCAGAGUAAACAGUCCGAGACCAAUGACGAUUACUAGCAAUAUACCAAAUAACGUUAUGCAAGCAAAUGCAUUAAACAAAAAAGUUCCUAUACCAAACAAACCAAAUCCUGUCAUGACAAAUCAAAUUAGGCAUUACAAUCAGAACUACUACAGACAUAUACAGCCUAAACCAAUGAGUGUAACGCCAAUGCAAAAUCAGUACAUGCCGAGCGGUAGCCAAACUAUAACUGGACCUAGGCCACCCCAAAGUCUUAAUGAAUUCAAUAGAAAAAGAAAAAGCGAAUCACCCGAUGAGACUAAAAAGAAAGUGCCUAACAUGGGCAAUCAAACUGUUAUGCUAGAAACCGCAAAUGGUACAACCAUUAGUUAUGUGCCCACCCCUGUCAGAGAUUUUAAGCUAGUAUCAAGAAAUGUUGAGACAGCAUCCACCGGAACUCAAGCCAAUAUUGCUAAAGAAAAACCCCUGGUGGUUGAUAUGAAAGUCCUACCACCUAUUAAAGAUAAUGCUCAAAUAGAAAGCGAUAAGUUAGUUAGAAACACAGUGUUUACUCAAGCGGCUCAAGCUCUUAAUAGACCUCUUUUAAGAACUGAACCACAACCGAUGCAACCUGACGUUGUGAUACGUAUAGAAAAAUUACAUUCUCCGACAAAAACACCUACGGAACCCAUGACAUUUGUAACAUCAGAAGCAAAAUCGGAACCAGCCAAACCUGAAACAUCAAAACCAAAUACAGAAAUAGUGAAAAUAGAAACAGCAAAGGCAAAUGCAGAAUUAGCGAAAUUAGAAACCCCUAAACCAAGUAUGGAGCUAUUAAAAAUAGAAACACCAGUUCACGCUAUUACUGGUGUGAACUCACGUUUUAGAGAACCAUUAUUACUAGAUAAGCCAGUGCCAAGUUCUAUACCUUUUGCUCUAAGUGCAUCAUUAAAUGAACCGAAACCAAGUAACAAUAAGCCACUACAACCACAACCAAGUAAACCAGAAGUUCAAAUAAAAACAGAGACAAAAGCAAGUUCAGAAUUUGAAAUGGCUACAAGUAGAACAGAACCUAAAACACCUAAACAAAGAACAGAAACACCAAAAAUAGAAACGAUCACAAAACCAGAAAAAGGCACAGAAACACCUAAAAUAGAAAACACCACAAAACGAAAAGAAGUUAAAGCUAGUAAAGUUAAAAAAGAAGAUACUACUAAAUCAAAACUAAACAUUAAAGAUGAAAAAACUUCAGAACCUAUAAAACCGGAAGCGGAAACAAAAAUAAAAGAAGAAGCUAAAGAUGUUAAAGAAGAAAAAAGAAAAUUCACAGUGACAUCGAUAAACGAUUUUAAAGGAAGUGAGUUGCAGAUAGCAAAUGGUAGUGUUCGGAAAGAAGACACUGAUCAUUACAUAUUGACGCAUGUUUUGGAUGGAUAUGUUAUACAAGAGUCUAAUACUGCGUUCCCUAUCCGCAAGCCACUAAAAGAGAAAAUAAUUUACCAAAACGCAGAUCUAUCGAUGGAACCAAAGAAAGAAGAAUCGUACAAGCACAGAACAGAAGAUGGGAAACUUAUCAAAGAUAAUAGUAAAAUAUUGAGCAUUUCUGAUUUAAAUUUGAAUGAAGAUGAAGUCAUUGAAAGUGAGACUGAAAUUAAAGAUGUAAAAACUAAAGAGGAAACGGAUAUUAGUGAAGACGCUCAAACUCCUAAGGCUGAAGAAAAAUGCGAUGGAGAUUCUGAACAACCUUUCGCGAAUGUAACGCCAUCUACAAUCAAGUCAUGGACGGUCGACCAGCUGGCGUCCCACCUGUCAAAAUACAACUGGGCAGAGACAAUCUCAGUGUUGUCAGAGCACGAGAUUGACGGAGAAUCCCUGUUUUUGGUCAACAAGCAACAGCUAAUGCAUAUUGGAGUCAGCGAAACGCAUGCUGACGUUAUAUGCGAGUUUAUAAAGAAUAGUUAAAUAGAUAAUUGUGUAUAAUACAGUGAAAUAGUGAAGUGCGUAAUGGAAACAGGAAAUGUGACAAGAGACAAUGUGCAUUUUCAUAAUGAUAUCUUCAAACUGACAGCUGUCAAAAAUAGUGUGUCCCACCAUAUCCACCAGAGCGGCGCCACAGUGCUAGUUUGUGUUCUAUGAAUGGAGUUGUGAUAGCGACUGGAAUGGGUAUACAGCAAGCUACAGAGGUAGUUUAGUUAGCCCCCAUGAACUCAAAUUUCUAUUCAUGGGGUAGCAGCCAUCUCUACCUAUCGCGGGAGUAACAAACAAGCCAGAGUUCAUAUGAUUUUUCAUAUAAUUUUGGUAAGAAAAGUGAUAUCAACUGGUUUAGAGUGAUUUAGUGUGAUUUGAAAGUGAUAUAACCUGCAAUAGGCUAGUUUCCUAUACUUAAAAUAAAAUAUUUUAUGCAGUGCACGAAAUAAAGCACCACAUAGAGGAAAAAUAUUGACAGUAGUUAUUUUUAAACAUAAUUUCGAUUUAAUAAAUCAAAG